GUUUACACUAGCUCGUUAAAAGAUAUUGGAUCUUGGAUAUGUUGUGAAGUUCAAAACUUACGUUACGAUGGCCUCGGUUGAGGAUGAGAACGAGCUUCUGAAGCAAGAAUCAGAAAAGCUUCGUGCAAAGUAUCCUGGGCUAGUUAAUAACGCCUCAUCCCUUCUGCAUCGACGACUUAGUAAAAAUGUGAAGUAUUUCGAUUCUGGUGAUUAUAAUAUGGCUAAGUCAAAGCCUUUAGAGAAGGCAUCAUUACCGUUAACCAAUUUAGAUUCUCCAACGGGUGAUACUAUUCCAACUGUGGAUAAUAUUUGUGUUUUACGGAAUAAAAGUAUUUCAUUACAUGCUGGGAGUACUACUAAUACUACUACUAUUACUAUUGCAUCAUCACAAUCUCCAACGUCAUCAAAUCCAAUAACAAGUAAUAUUUCAACUACAUCAGGAGCAGCAGUGACAACAACAACAACAACAACAACAACAACCUGUCGCUACAUAACCAUACCAGCUCGUACACAGAUUGCUAAAUAAUAAGUCUCUUUAAAGUGCUUCUAUGUUUUGUGAUUAUCUUAUAUUUUCUUUCCUGUGUUAAAAACAGUUAUAAUUUAUACCUUUUUUUUGACUUGAUCUAUUAUUUAGAUAAUUCCCAUCACCAUUUUGACCUUUCAAACCAGUUAACUUUUUAACAAAAGUUGAAAUAUUACAUUAAAUAAUGUGAUCCUGAUCUAAUCUCAAUGGGCCUUAAUUUCCAUAGUGCUUUUUUUUUCUUUUUAUCAUUUUUACUCACCCUUUUUUCUUAAAAGUUUGUAACUCAGUUGAAUUUUUUCUAUACAUAGAAUAUAAGUGUUAUCUAUUGAA